UGUACUUCCGGUUGGAAGCUCGAUCGUACAGCUGUCUGAAGACUAGAAAUUUUGUUUGUUUAUAAUGUUGUGACUAAACAACUAUUUGUUUUUGUGCCAGAUGAAUGGAGGAAAUCAUAUAUAUAUCGUUUCAGUUAAAGCAAUAUAGAAUCUUUUCUCCGUCUUCCAUAUAUUGUUAUUUCGGCGUCGCCUUGUAAAUCGUCUGACAGCUACCUCCGUUAUGAAGUGAAAUUUAAUACGUGCGCGCGAAAAUUGAGUGCUGCUGAAAAUUGCUAGUUGAGCUAUAAUGGGGCAAUCAACGCUGGUUGAAUGAUGAUCUACCAGAAAAAUAGUUUCACGGCCCUUUUUAAGCCACGGUCCGCAGACUGGGAACUACUGCUCCAUACUUUAUAGAACAGGUGAAAUGUGAAGCAUAUCAUAAUGCAGUGCAAUCAAGUGAGAAUAGUGUUGUGAUUUUUUUUAAAUUGUGACAACAUUGUUGUGCGUGUGCCAAAUUCUGUAGAUGAAAAUAAUCCAGUGUAAGAGUGAUGGCGUGCAUCCGGGCUGUGAGGUCGCCCCAAGGUUCGACGGACGAUCUCCUCAGGCAGCAGGCCGCAGUACCGAAGAAGCACAUGCCAAUCAUUCAGGUGUACACAGACUGGGCGAAUCACUACCUGUGCAGAACUCGUAGCAAGCGGUUGAUUCAUGAUCUGCAGACUGACGUGUGUGACGGGGUGCUGCUGGCCGACAUCAUUGAAGCUGUCACCAGUCACGGUGUCCCCAAUAUAAAUCAGAAACCGAAGACUUCGUCUCAGAUGAUCGACAACAUCAGGGCGUGCCUCACCUGUUUGGGUGAGCUGGGGGUGAGUGUGGAUGGAAUCCAAGCACAAGAUGUGCGUCAGGGGAACCUGAAGGCGAUUCUUGGCGUGUUCUUCUCUCUCUCGCGGCAUAAACAGCACCAGAAGCACCUCACAAGACAGUCUGAAGCAAUGCCGAGGAUUCCGUCUGCAAACAGCAAGCACAGUGGCAGUGUCACGAGCAUUCCAUUGCCCGCUGGUUCCCGUUUGUCGGGAACUGAAGAUGGCCGCCAGUCGUCUAUUCCUCUCGGAAGCGUUCACCACCAGCCUCAAGGAGGAUCCUUCAGUGGGUCGGCGUGUAGUUCCCGGUCUACAAGUCCCUCUUCGGCGCAUUCGUUGAUCCCUACCGUUACCCGGACAGGGGGACCACAUGACAAGCAUCUUCCAAAUACCAGAGUACGAAGCAGCACCCCGUCUUCGAGUACCACUACCAGCCCUUCGUCUCCUCGUGGCCACACCCAGCAGCGUGUGACAUCUGAAAAGAACAGCAUGCUUGGCGGUCUCAAGUUAUUUUCCUACAAGGAGAAGAACAGUGGUAGCAGAGUCAAAGGUGGAAACACGAAUGUGUCCAAAAGAACCUCCAGUUCAAGUGGAUUUAGCUCUGCGCGAUCAGAAAGGAGCGACUCUUCUACCAGCUUGUGCAGUGAUGCCAAACCUUGUCCCAGCUCUACCUCUCAAGAUGAAAGGCAGGAAGCUAGCCCCUCACUUUCGUACAGACAUCCUGGCAGUGAUGAUUCAAGCCCGAAGGGUUUGUCACGUGGAUUUAGGAAUAAACUAGUGAAGGGCAUAAGUGUCGCAAGUUCUAAAGACUUGAUAAGUGUUGGUAGUUGUAAAGACGUGAGCCAAAUUUCACCAAAGAGCAGAGCCAAAAUCCAGUCUAACAAAUCUUCGCCAAAAUUUGUUCGUAAAAGUGGAAUUAACAGUAGAGAAUGUAGAGGGGUGGUAGUGGAUGAACAGCCCAAGUUGAAAGAAGAUUCUGGCCUAAGAUUAGUGCAAGGGGAUCCAAAAAUGCAUGGGAGAGAAUUGUUGAAUAAUGAGAAUUAUGUAUGUGAACCAUCAGGAGAUUCAGAAAAUGUUGCCAGACAAGGAAAGUCUGUGAAAUCUGACAAUGCAGUUUCGAAAAUACGAGGUCAAUCAUCAGUGAAAAGUUCAUUUGGUUCUAGCAACAACAUGCCAUUGCGAAUACCACCUGUUCCCCCAUGUACCCUUGGAGGAUCUGGAAGUAGCAUUCCUAAGCCCACUGCUGCUGUGAAAGGUACCAGCAAACCAGCCAAGGAAGAACGGAACCAAGUAGCAAGUCCCAUGAAACAGUCGGUAAUACACCGCGAUGCUCUGCCACGCCAGAAGCAGCUGGGAAGUCGGGAUGGUGAACUGGGUGGAAGCAUCAGUGUUGCUCUUGUUUCUCCAAUGCCUAGUGAGAAUAGUUCUAGUAUGAGUGAAUCAACUUACUCCACCUCAACGGGACAGUCCAACUCGAAUUCGUCUGACAGCAGUGUUAUCUACAGACCCAGCUCUGAGAGUGGCAGUGAAAUGGGCAAGCCUGUUUCUAGGAAGAUUGAGACAACAUUUGAUAACUUGGAUAAGGUGAUAACUCAAGAGGCCCCACAUGUACAGCCUCGAGAAACAUCAUUUGGGGGAGAAGAAGAAGCAGCAAUGAACGUAAAGCCCAUGCAACCAUUGUUACGGGGCUAUACGCCAUCUGGGCCAAGUAUACAUAUGUCUUGCAUGGGUGUGCAAAAUAAACAAAGCAUGAAAUAUUUCAACUAUGCCCAGCAUUUAGAUCCUAUGCUGAAUAUCAAAAGAGGAGUGGGAGAUGGUGGUUAUGGAGACCCAGAAUACAGCAACAUAGAUGUUAUGUCAGGUUACUUGUCUGAUGGAGAUGUGUUGCAGAGUAGUGUGACACACCCAUUUUCUGAUAUGUGUGAUGGAUACAUGUCAGAAGGCGGAGCUUCUGUCUGUGCUCGAAGAUUGCACGCCCAGCAGGGUCUGUUACAGGGCAGUCGGAGUUCUGUUGCCAACAUCAAUCCAAGUGGUAAGAGUGAACCAUUACUAAGAAGAGCUGUUACCAGACCAAAGCCUCGUAUAUGUUUGGAUGAUAAUAGGUCAGCAUCUGUGGGCGUUUCGGAGAUAUUUUCCGAACUGUCUGCAGACGAGCACCUCCCUGGCCACUCCCAUAACAAGCGGUUGGUGCAAGGUGGGCCUGGGGGGUGCCUCAAAGGGCCUGGUGCUCAGAAGCCCCUGCCAUCACCUUUCAAUCCAUCUGAUCAAACCCAAGUAGUAUACCGAGUUGUUGGGUCUCGGUCAAAUGUCAAGAAAUCAGACAGCAGCCAGCAGACAGACAACAGUGCUUUCAGACAAAAUUCUGGCAGCCAAGCAAAGAAGCAUGCUGAAAGUAAUGGUAAUGGAGGAGGUCGAGUACCAGAGUUGCACCGUGGUAAGACGGACCCAGAGGUGGUGAGACAGCAGAAAGGAGAGAAGCGGGGAUCAGGCUGUAGCCCAGGUGCCAGUAGCAAUGGGCUUGCUCGCAAGCCUGACAAGAACGCCGACCGGCAGAAGAAAAUGGGUGUAAAAGAAGAUGGAACAAGCAAGGAAAAGGAAUAUUGUGGCAAUGCAGAGAAACAGCAGCCGAAGACUGACAGAGCAUCUCCACAUGGUUCUUCAGGGUUGCGUUCAAAUGGUGAAGGAAAGCAGAGUAAGGUGAGGGGUGUUCCACAGAGUUUUGGCUAUGUGAAGCGUUCAACAAAUGGAUGUGCUGGCAACAAAAGUGAGCUUCGUACUGCCCAAGUGUCUGCAGUGCCUCGUACAAAAGUGAAAGUAUCUGGUGGCACACAGACAUGCACAAGUGAUCUGCAACAGCAACAACCACAGCCCCAUCACUUCAAGUCGUACUCUCUUACCGGCCCCUCGGCCAGUCAGCUGUCACAGAGCGUGCGGGACCGUUUGCUGCUUGGAUCACAGAGCCUGCCAAAACCAGGCUCCAGUGAACAUGCAGCCCUGUUCCACUCGCACAGAGGUCAGCAACGAGGUCAUCGACCCACAGAUGGCUCCCUCUCAGAUACAACCUAUUCCAAUUAUGCAGAUUUGCAGAACUACUGUGCCAAUAGCAGCCCCUACAGUUCAUGGCUACGAUAUAGUGCCGCAUACACAUCGUCAUUACCAGCCAGAGCAAGUGCAGCAGGCCUGGUGGAAGCAGACAGUGUUGAAUCACUGUGCUCUCUGCCAGCACAGCUGCAGCAUCAUCGUGCUAGUCUCACCCAUGCUCGCCUGUUGAUGCAUCAGAGAGACAGCAGUGCGUCCCCAGGCCCACGUCUCAAUCGUAGCAACAGCAUCAGAUCUACCAAAUCUGAGAAGAUGUACCCGUCCAUGCUUCAGCGCUCAGAAGAACUGGAUCCAUAUUAUGGGAUUCCCAUGUGUUCAAACACAGUAAGCCACUCCUCCCAGCCCACUAGUCCAACACCCAGCCAGGUGUCCCAGGGCGCUGCCUCCAGGUUCAAUUAUUCACCAAUCACGACAUCUGCGUCUAGUCAUGGGCUGAGUCGAAUCACUGUCUCUCCGUACUCAGGUCUACUUUCAAAAACAAAUUCCAAAGAUGAUGAGAUUCAUGGUUCUUCAGUUAGCCUAGUGUCUACUGCAUCUUCAUUGUACAGUACUCCAGAGGAGAAACAGUCUCACGAGAUCAGGAAACUGCGUCGUGAGUUGCAGGAUGCACAGGAGAAGGUCCAUACCCUAACAAAUCAACUCUCCACAAAUGCUCACGUGGUAUCUGCUUUUGAACAGUCUCUGUCAAAUAUGACACAACGCUUGCAGCACCUCACCUCUACAGCUGAGAGGAAGGACUCUGAACUGUUAGAGUUACGGCAAACAAUUGAGUUGCUGAGGAAACAAAGUGUAGAGGCUGGACUGACAUCAGCACAUAUUCAAAGCAUGUCACCGUCUCUUGCUCGAAGACACACCAUCAACAUUAAUGCUGGAGCACAAAAUGGGGGCAGCAUGUUACGCCAGCUGUCCACAGAUUCAGUAUCAAGCAUCAAUUCAUUGUCAUCAGCCUGUAGUCUGUCCAGUUCUGCUCAUGUCCCCGACAACUCUACUACCUCUGUCAGCAAAAAGAAGAAGAAAGGUUGGCUGCGUAGCUCCUUCAGUAAAGCAUUUUCACGUUCGAAGAAAAAUAAAAAUGGGUCUGUGUCUGAUGUGGAAGACUCUCGAGGACUCAACUCAGAUGUUUCAGCUCCUUCCUCCCCACUUCUGAGUGCACCACAUCAUAUGAAUGGAAGUCAAAUUAAAGGAAGCCAGUCAUCGUCUGCCAUCUAUGAUAAGGAGCCUCAUGAAGCACGACCUGACGUGGUGGAGGAGCUGAAGAAGCAGCUAAGAGAAAAAGAUCUUGUUCUCACAGAUAUACGCUUGGAAGCACUUAGUUCUGCACAUCAGCUGGAAUCCCUUAAAGAUACAGUGAUCAAAAUGAGGAAUGAAAUGCUAAACCUGAAGCAGGAUAACGAACGGCUGCAACGAAUCGUUACAAGCAAGUCACUGACUUCUUCUCAGAGUUCACUCCCUAUUACAGACAGCUUGGAAAGAAGGUUCAGCAUGACCGAAACAUCAACACCCCCAGCAGACCCAGAAGGAAAGCGUGUUGUAGUUUCAGUUUUCCUCGGCUCCCAUGGCAGUUACCAUAAAUAUAUAGAAGAAGGGAACGCUCCAUCAUCUUGUAUGAUUGCAGCACUUUUCCUGAGUGGGAAGACAAAAUGGGACAUGUUGGAUUGCCUUAUCAGGAGAGUGUUCAAGGAGUAUGUUCUGCGAGUAGAUCCAGUGUCAAACUUGGGCUUAAGCGCAGAGUCAAUUUGGAGCUAUCACAUAGGAGAGGUUGUACGAUACAAGGACAGUCAAGUGCCUGAACUACUGCCUUAUGGGUAUCUGGUUGGUGACUCGCAAAACAGUAUUCAUGUCUGCCUGAAGGGUGCUCUGCACAGUGGCAGUGUAGAUGCACUCGCCUUUGAAACACUGAUUCCUAAGUCAAUUGUACAAAGAUAUGUCUCUCUUCUGAGUGAACAUAGGAGAAUAAUCCUUUGUGGUCCUAGUGGCACUGGGAAGUCCUAUCUUGCCAAUAAACUAGCAGAGUUUCUUGUACUUCGUGAUGGGAAGGAGUCUACAGCCGAAUCAAUAGCCACAUUUAAUGUGGACCAUAAAAGCAGCAAAGAAUUGCGUCAGUAUCUUGCCAACGUAGCAGAGCAGUGUGAAAAUAAUGCAUUGGACCUUCCCUCUGUGAUCAUAUUGGACAAUCUCCAUCAUGCGGCUUCUCUCGGGGAAGUGUUCAAUGGCUUCCUGAAUGCAAAAUAUUCCAAGUGCCCUUACAUUAUAGGAACCAUGAAUCAAGCAACAUGCUCCACCACCAACCUGCAGUUGCAUCACAAUUUUAGGUGGAUCUUAUGUGCAAACCACAUGGAGCCCGUAAAGGGUUUUCUUGGUCGGUUCCUGCGACGACGCUUGUUGGAAGCGGAAGUUCAGGAGGGAAUACGCAACAAUGAUCUGAAUCGCAUCUUUGACUGGAUUCCAAAGGUGUGGCAGCACCUGAACAAGUUCCUUGAAACUCACAGCUCAUCAGAUGUCACUAUUGGUCCUCGUUUGUUCCUGUCUUGUCCAAGUGACCCAGAUGGAUCUCAGGUGUGGUUUACUGAUCUGUGGAACUACUCAGUAGUCCCAUAUUUGCUAGAAGCUGUGCGUGAAGGGCUUCAGCUGUAUGGACGACGGGCUCCCUGGGAGGACCCUGCUUAUUUCAUCUGUCAGACAUACCCUUGGACAGGAGACACUGUGCAUAGAGGUCAUGAGGCUCUGCUCAGAUUAAGACCCGAGGAUGUUGGUUAUGACAUACAGCAAAGUGGAGGUGUGGGAGGCAGUAGCAUCAAGUCUAUGAGCUCCACACAGAGUGACACAGAUGGUGAUCCCCUGUUGAAUAUGUUGAUGCGUCUCCAGGAAGCAGCCAAUUACUCUAGUCCACACAGCAGCAAUGACUCAGAUGCUGUCAGCAUUGAUUCACAUCCAAGCAGUAUUCGCUCUGAUGAUAAAGGGAGCUGUCGAGUAGAAUCAGCCCUAUGAAACGGUUUUAUCAAGUAAUGGUCAUGUAUUUCCAUCAUCCUUCUAGUAUGUGGUCAGAAUGAGGUAUUAAUUACUGUUGUAAUAGGUGAACUAAAAUAAGAAUGUUUAGACUGAUUGAUACACGAAAUUGUUUUCAGUAGUGUGUGUUAACAGAAAUUCUUAUUUUGUUUAGGCAUCCAAUUUAUGAAAAGGUAUGAAUUUGAGAUCUUAUUGAUGUAAUGAUUCUUAUUUAUGGAUAGCAAAGACCAGUUAUUCAGGCCAAGUGUGAUUGUUUCAGCCAUAUUAUUUGUUUAAAAGAUAUGAAUGUAGCCGGUAUAGGUAACAAAGUUUAUCGUUCACCAUACUGUAUAAUUAGAAAACAGGAAAUAUUAUACAAAAGUAAUGCUUUAGCAUAUGUUUAUUUAUUUUCUGAUACACAUUGAUAUACUGAACUUAUUUCGUAAAAUGUUUCAUUCUGACAUUACAGUCUAUUUCUUUCAUAUUUAAAAUGUUCAUAUGUAACAAGGUAAGUUUUUUAGAACUGAAGUAAUUCUCAACAAAAUAUGAAUCCCAUUUUGAAAGCACAUAUGUCUUGUAUUAUGCUGUAUAAUUUAUGAAUCGGUAUGAUCACAGCCAUAUUAUAAUUGCAUAAUAUGUUGUAUUAUUCAAGAGAACAAAUACAGCAAAACCUCGUAUUUACAUUCUCAGAAUGUACAUUUUCCUGAAUUUACAUUAUCUUUUUUCAUUCCCUUUAAUUUUCCUAUAAUGUCAUUGCAUUUUGUUCUUGAAAAAUAUACAAUUUAAUUUUGAUUUUCCAGGUUUUCCACUUUUUGUGGCCAUUCAGCUUUUCUUUUAAAAAGUUGGUUACUCUGACAAGUUGGUCACCAUCUUGCAAGCAUUAUUGUACCUUUUGAUGUGGGAAACCUUUCAUGUUGGCUGUUAUUAUUUUGUCCGUUAGCUGAAUGUGGUGCGUGUGCUGUAGUUGUUUUAUUUGCAUGUUUGAUAAGGCAUGAUGGCAACACAAAAGGAAAGUAAAACCAUUUCCUUAGCAGAAAAACUCAUCUUACGAUGGUAUAUUGUCAAACAUGCAGGGACUCGUAUUUAUUUGGUAAAACAACUUGUAUUAGUAUCAGCUUUGAAUACAAUAGUAAAAAAAUAAUGUCACUGAAGAAAAUGUAAAUCACUGUGGAAGAUAUCAAAUUAUUUUAUUGCUCAUUUUACACAAUUUACUUUCUGGGAAUUACUUGUUGUAAAAGUGUUCAUAUAUUACUGAAUAAUUUAUCUACAUUAUGUAUUUGCUGAGCAUUAUAGUAAAGAGUUAGAGUGAAGGUAAGUACUAAACCUUAUGAUUUUUGCAAUUUAUGCCAUUUUUAAGGAAAGUGUAAAUACGGGGUUCCACUGUAUGUAUUUAGUGCCUGAAAUUCUAUGGGUGGCAAGCCUACAGAUUUUACUGUGAGCACAUGUACUUCUUAAUGCCAUGAUAAUUUAGGAGUGAACAAGGCUUGUAUAUCUGGAAUACUUGAACUCAAAGUUAAAGAUACUCAGAAUUAAGUUAGAAUUAUUUAUUGGAGGUUGAAGUUUUGACCCAGAUAAAAGUGAUUUACAGGCUUAUGUAAUUUGGAUGGCAUAUUAUUGACUGUAAUUCAACAUUUCACAUUAUCAUUAUCAUGGCUUGAAAACCAGUGUCCCACUAGCCUUAGUCUAAUUUAUUUUAUGAUUAGGCAAACAAAUUCUCAGCAAGCAUUCAUUUAUACUAAUGGGCUUUGUUUCAAUUUUUAUUUUUUAAAAUGUGUUAAAUCAACUAUUUUUCUUACACAUAAUCACAGUGUGAGUAGUCUGAUGUAGGAACAUAAAAAUGGUAUAAAUAUCUAUGUGCAUGUAAGUGAACAGAUUACAGUUUGUUGACAAGAAUUAAGUUUUGGCAUUGUAUCGUUCCUGUUUUAUGUGGGGAACUAUCUUUACAGUAGUCUUAGUACAAGAUAUAGGUAAAGUAAAGUUAUCCCUUGUACCAAAUUAAACACCACACCAUGGAGGUGUAUGUAGGAGUGGAGGUAGAGCUCCAUGUAUUCUUAACCUCAUACUAGAUGGAGGUAGUGGUUAGUUUCAUAACCUGGCCACUUUACCCCUGAGGAAAGAACCCAGAUGUUUGAAUUCAGUUUUUUUUAAUGUGCUUGACAAUAGCCAAACGAGGUCAAUUACCAGCCAAGCAUUAAAAAUAAAUAUCAAUUUUGAGACAUUUUUGUAACUUAAUUCUUGCUUGCAUAGAUUGAAUUUUGCAGAAUCAGCAUUAAUUGAAGUAAAAUCCAUGGUUCACUUCUCUUUUAUUAGGUUAAUCUGUUAUAAUAAAAUAGUCAAACGAGCAUUUGGUAAGGCCAUUCAAGUUUAAAAAAUAUAUGAAAUGUAUCACAAGUACAGUGCCAGUUCAGAGACCUAACAGGCAAUGCACAUGUGGGUAGAACUCUUACUGAUCAUCAGAACAGUUUAGAGGGUAGUACUUUACUAUUAUGGGACCAUUAUUUCUAAGCCUUCAUUGCAAACCAACAACAAUAAAUUGAUGAGGCUGUGGGUGGGGAUAGUGGUAUUCACCUUCUGUAAUUAAUUUCAGGGACAAAGCUACUGCUGUAACUUAGUCCUAUGCUUCCCCACAUUUAUGAGAGUUACAAAAGGUCCAGAAUGACUGAAAAUGAAAGUAAGAAAAAGAGUGACAACCAGACAGAUAAUUAGUUGUCCCAAGGUCCAAAAGUAGUCUGUUCCUGCUCCAUGUCUAUACUAGUUACAAAAUGGUGGUUAUGUGAAAUACUCCCCAACUCAUUUACCCAUAGUUUGACAUUAACCAUCAAUUAUAUUUACUAUUGAAACUCAUUGUAACUUUAUAUCUUGUUUUUUAUGUUUAUAUGAAAUACUGAAGGUAGGCCACCUUAACAUAUAAUGUAAGACAAUGUAAACUUCAUGUUAAUACCAAUUUAGUGACUUACAUUUUACCAUUCCAGUUGUGUAUGAUAUAAAUAAACUUUCCUUGACAAUCACAUGUUUCUAAAGAAGUGCAUCUACAAGACAUAACUGUCAUUCCAAUAUAAGAAUGACUACACACAGACAGGAAUGUUAACUUCCCAAGAUUUCUUAAGUAAUGAAGAUUGAGAGCCAGACAUUUAACUUUAAGUAAGAUGUUAAUGAUGUUAUAUAUUACUCUUAGAGAUAAGUAAUUGCCUUUGACUGUAAUGUAUAAUCAUAUUGCCAACCUUCUACAUACUUUUUUUUUAAGUGUUACAUGUCCCAUGAGGAAUAUUUUAUACAAGUAAUCAAAUAAUUUGAAUAGUACAAAUCUGGCAUUACUCAAGUAUGAUUUUAUUACUAAUGGUGUAUACUUCCCAUCAGCAUUUUCUCUGAUACUUCCAGUAUGCCAUGCAGGUACCUUCCAUUUAAAACUAGAGUUCUUUCUGGAAGUGUAUAAUUUUUGCGCAUUUGUAGUGAAACCUCAGGUUUGUUGGAGAGUAGCAGUUCAGCAUUACCACACUACUUUUGACAGCUGUAUAUGAAAUUUAUUGAACAUCCCUACCUCCUUUUGAGUUGUUUCAAUUUUCUGUAUUUUUAUUUCUAAGAAAUUAAUAAUUGUUUACAUUGUGUUCUGCUACAGAUCAAAUUGCAAAGAUUAUAUAUGUUUGUGCUAUGCAACUGAAACAUGCUCUCUUUGUUACCCUUCCUCAUUGCUUGUUGUUCCAUUUCAGUAUUGGUUAUUUUCUUUAUAAGCUUACUUAAUGCCAUUUUGGUACAUAAUCUACAGCGUAACUGAUGUAACUACAGAUAUUUUUGCCUGUAAAUUGUAAUAUGGUGUAUGGUGGUACUGCUCUAACAUUUUUUGUUCAGAUUUGUAGUUCAAACCCAUUUUAGUGAAAGUAUAAAUCUUGUUUUUUAAAACUAAGGUAAGAAUUUAUAGUUCAUACUUAUUAUUUGUGGGCAUAUAUUUGUAUUUCUUUGUAAAUGGAAGUAGAACUUAAAUAAGACUUUGCCUAAACUGUAGCAUUGAAAAUUUGCAUUAAGAGUUUGCACACAUAAAAUUAAGAAGGCUGGAAAGCCAGAGAAUUUACAAAACUAACAAAGGCUAAAAUGCUGAGGCAUAUAUACAAUGAAACUGAAAGAUUACAUUUUCUACUAAUGUUCUUGUAAUCCUUUGUCUGAUAAACAGACAUGUGGUCCUUUAUAUUUUCUUCUUAUAAUGCUGUAUCUUCUAUUUAUUUAUUUUUUAUUGAAAUAUACUUAGUCAAUUAGUUGGGUUUGGUUUGGACAUGAAUCUGAAAAUGAUGUGUUGCAGUAUGGAGAUAAUAUUUAUGAAUAUGCAAAUAGUAACAUGUGAUAUUACAGUUCUAGCAUCAGAAAUUAAGAUGAUCUUUAAUAGUAGUGACAUUAUGAGUGAAAUGAAAUAAUGUAUUCGCCCAAAUAUAAUUUGCAGUUUUUUUCAUUCAAAUACCUUCCAAACAUUGACUGUGCAUUAUAUUAGCAUAUGUUUAAUUCUGUUAGAUGUUUUAGUGGAAGCUACUAAUGUGAAUUUUAUUAUCUAUUGAAAUUACUUUACGGUAAAUUUUGUACAGUUGACAUCUAAACAUUUUAAUGAAAGGUUUUUCAGAAAUAUUUGGUACAUGAAUAGUUGUUUACUGCAUUAAGAAGCUUUUUGGUACAGUAGUGUCUACACAACUUGUAUUAUACUGUGCUAUAUGUUGUGACCUCUUUAGGCCAUCUUCUGGUUAAUAUCUUAAAUGUCACAUGGUAACAAUAGCUGGAAAAUUUUAUAUCGAUAAAAAUAAUUAUUUUCUUCAAUUUAGGUUUUGAAAAUUGUGAUGCACAUUUGGGUAUGUGUGGGGAUAUGUUCAUGAAAAUAUGAUAAUUUGUAAAUGUGCAGUUAUAAGUUGCAGAAUGGAAUCCAGAUUCCAUACUUGUAUGUUGCUGGACUGAAGCUUCAUCCCAUAUCAUCAUUUAGUUCACAUGUGUUGAGCUUCAUUUACAUAGCUCUGUUACUCUCCACAUGUAUCCUUAUAUAAAAAUGUGGUACUUCAAAAA